AUGGCAAAAUCAGAAUCAUCAAAGAAUAACAAUAGCAAUAAUAACAAUAACAAACCAAAGAAUAAUAAAAAGAGAGCAUCAACUUCAAAAGAUGAAGAUAAUAAUAAUAAAGCAUCGGCAGCAAUUGCUGUCGAAGUUGAACAACCAGCAAGACCAAGAUUGUCAGUCUCUGAGAGUAUGGAUAAUCUAGCUGACCAAAUCGAUAUUGAAAUGAAAAAGAAAGACGAUAUCCUCCAAUGUUUCUACGACAUUGUCUCUGCAGAUGAAUCUACACGUAUCAAAGGUAUCUCCACACUCAUUCUCACACUCGCCGAACUCCAAGAAGAUUUCAAACCAGAAGAUCAUACCAGUGUAUUAAGAUAUGUUCCAAAAGUUAUGGAAAAUAGAGUAAAAGAUAUAAAUAGUGAAUUUUCACCGGAAUUGAACUAUUCUUUGCAACGUUUGGUUGGUGGUUUGGCGUCGAGUCGUGAUAUUACAAAAAUGGGAUUCUCGCUGGCACUCAGUGAGUUGCUAAAUUCGCUGCCUGUCAUCUCGAUCAGUUGGUUCAUUCGCUACUUGACCACCGCUAUGGAUACUACUGGUGCCAGUGGAUUUUCAGAGCGUGAAGCGUUGUUUGGCCGUAUGUUUGGUUUGAUGGCUGUGAUCAAGUCGGGUCGUAUCGAUAAGGAGCUCAUUAGACGUGCUCCCACCAAGUCGUCGAUCUACAACGCCAACCAACCGAUCGACACCGACAACAUCAUCGAAUCCAUUCUGGAACAACUGAUAUACAUCUCAAAGAAGCGUGCAGUCUACACCGAACUCGCAUACGAAGUCAUAACAGCACUCACCGAACAGAUCCAAACCGAUCAAAACUUUGACAAACUCCUACCAUUCAUCAAACAACUCAUUCCCGAGAACAUCGACGACUACACUCCAGAUUUAAUUUUAUUGAUUUUAUCACUUUCAAAUAAUUAUAAGAAAUUCAAACUUUUAAAACAUACAAAUGGAUGGAGUCAUAGUUCAUUAUUUAAUCAAUCGAAUCUACAGUUUUUAAAGAUAAUCUAUGCCAAGUCGGUAUCUACUCAUCCAAGAGUUCACAAAGUUUGGCCAACUACAUUUGCAAUCUUACUUCAAAAUCUUCCAGAGAAUAUUUCAGUAACCGAAUUUUGGAAAAAAGUUGUUGAAAAUCAUCUUUUUACUUCAACUGCAAAUAAAAAAUCAUUGGGAUUACAACUAUUUGAAAUACUUUUACCAAUGUUACCAGCCACCUCCAUUCCAGAAAUUUUCACAGUUCACUUGAAUUACUAUUUGAAUCAAUCAUUACAAUCCGAUAAUAUAUUACAUGAAGUUGGUGUCCAAGUUUUCCAAAUCAUUCCAAAAACAGCAGAAAUAUCAAAAGAACAUCGUUUACAAUUAAUUCUUUAUUUCAGUGGAAAUGGUUCAAAGGUAUUCCAGAAUCCAAUCGAUAUCGUCAAUGAGUUGCUCAGAGAUAUCGACUUUGAAUCGAUGAACAAAUAUAUCAAUACACUUUUCAAUAGUUUCUACGACCCGGAUGUCUCGAUUGCCAGCAACAACAACAAUAAUGCCCGUAUCGAAACACCGACUGACCCCAACGCUGAAGAUGCCGUCGAGAGUGAAACCGACAACGAGCAAUACAACGAAGAGCAACUACGUCUUUUGAAUCUGCGUAAUUGGAUUCUCACUCAACUCGGUUACAUCGUCAAGGAGUUGUUGCGUCGUCCAAUGGAUGCCGUCGCCACCCAGCAAUCAAAGAUCACCAACAUUCUCAAGUUCCUCUAUUUCCAAGCGUUCUUUUUGCCCAAAGAGAAAGCUACAUCAGCUAAAUCUAAACAACAACAAACCACAGAUGAUGUCUUCCUCAAGGAACUCCAAAGUCGUGUGCCAACCAUCGACCUCCAACAAAAGACAAGAGAUCAAUGCGGUGCCAAGUUGUUGACAGUGCUCGAGAAUCUCUCACAUCAUAAUCUCGUUCACCAACCACUCGUUGACGGUGUUAUGAGCAAUGGCGAAUUCUGGGUGAGCGAAGUCGUCAAGUUCCAGAAUCAACCAUCAGAGAUCUCCGAGUUGCUCGAGGAUCUUGUCGCUGCCUACGAGGAGUUGGUUGGAAUGCGCAAGCCAAAGAAGAACGGACCGAAUGCCUUUAUGAUUCUCGUCGAUAUUCUCAUCUCGCUCCUUGACAAACCACAGCAUUUGUUGCGUUCCGUUGUCAAGUUGAUUUUCUCGAUUUUCUCGGAGGACAUCACAUUCCCAGUGUUGGAGCACAUCUUGAACACAAUCUCUGCACCAAUCACUGAGAUUUUCGAUGGAAUGGAUGAAGACGACGAUGAAGAUGACGAUGAAUUCGAACCGAUCGACGGUGAAGACGGUGAGGAUGACGAGGACGGUGAGGAUGGAGAAGACGAGAGUCAAGAGGAUGGCGAAGAAGACGGUGAGGACAACGAAGAUGACGAAGAGGAAGAAGAGGAAGAGGAGGAAGAAGAUGAUUCCGAUGACGAUGAAGUAGAUCCAGAGAUUGUUGCAAGAAUCAAAAAGAGUCUUGGUCCACAUUUGUUGUUGGAGGAGGACGACGAGAUGGACGACGCCAAGCCACCCACCGCCAAAGAAGCCAGACAACUCGACAACUACCUCGAGCAAAUCUUUAGAAGAAAGAAAGAACAGAAAGCCAAAUUCAACAAUAUCAAGACAAAGACAAUGACUUUGAAGAUUCGUUUGAUCGAUCUCGUCGAGAUCUACAUCAAGAAGUCGACAGGUGCACCAAACUCUAUCUUCUUCCAGGCGCUGCCACUGAUGAUCAACGCUGCCAACUCUGAAGAACCAUCGAUUUCCAACCGUUUCCUUACCAUUUUCAAAAAUAAGAUCAGUACCAUCAAGAAGUGUGCCGACAACGUCGAUGUCAAGUCGAUCAACGCGCUCAUCAAGAGUUGCAUCGAAACCAUCAAGUCGUCCAUAAAGAUGAAGGGAGACGACAAGAAGAACAAACCAUUUUUAUUCCUGCUAUCGGGACACACCGUUUACAUGUGUGUUCGCGUGCUGAUUUCCAUGAGCAAACUGGAUGUCGCACCGCUCGACGCCGAACUAACUCAACUGCUCCAAAAAGAAAACAUCUCCAACAAGAACAACACUGUCAUCCUAUCGUUUAUCACCGAGUUCUCUCAGCGUUUCCCACAGUUGAUGUCCGGACACAUCACCGACAUGAUGCGUGUUGUUGGCAGCGCCAACGACUACGUCUUCAAGAAGCUCCUGGAGAUCGUCGGUGUCAUGAUUCCAAAGCGUUCGCCACAACAACAGGAGAAUGUUGCUGCCACCAACGGAAUGGUACAAGUGUUCCACGUCAUCGUCAACACGCUCUCCGACGCCAUCGACGAGUCACUCAAGUCCAAGAAGUACGGACAGCAACAAGCGGUACUCUUGCAACUCGCCAACAUUUUCAAUUUUAUCAUUUCACAUCAAUCGGUCGACAAGAUCAAGUCAAAGAUCGACGCUGCCAAGCUCAAUGCGCUCCUUGUGGAAGUCUGCAAGGUCAACGGAAAGCGUGCCAUCAAAGACCACGCCAAGCGUAUCAUCAAGCUGUUGGAGAUUGAAAACAGCGAUCUACUUGCACUGUCGAAGCGCAAGAGAAAGCAACUGGAGAGAGAAGAGAAGUUGUCGGCAUCGACCGACAGCAACGCUACUGGCAGCGAAUCAAAGAAGUCUAACAAUAAUAUUUUAACAGUACACAACGCCAAACGUGAUAAACCACAAUCGAAAUCAACACAACUCAAGGUCGACAACAAGAUCAAGAGUAGACCAAAGAAGAAAGAAGAAGAAACCGACGAAGCAGCUCAACUUUACAAAGAAUUACAAGAUCCAAAAGAAGAAGAAACAAGACCAAAGAAAAAGAAUGAAAUCAAAGAAAUAAAAUAA